ACCGAGGUCCAGCACUGGCAGUCCAAUAUAAGGACACGUUUCAGGUUUGGGACACAAUUACUGGGGCCUGUGUUGUGCCGCCGUUCAAGACGAACAGUCACUCUAGCGAAGCCUUAAUUAUUCUUCUCUGAUAGUUUGACGUUGGUUUGACGACAAUAACAGACUCGAUACGUACGAUGUGUUUCCGCUUACACGCUUCGUUCUUCGGUCACGCGACUUCACACUCUGAUAUAAAUCCGCUGCACGCGCAGAUGUAUCCCAGCAGCUUUCCACGUCUUGCACCAUCUUACUCCAGGACUUCGCACUAUUGCUAGCCUCCAUCGCAUCUGACGACAACAUGGAAGAGCUUAGAGACAGCGCAUCUGUCGGAGACAUGGAGGAGGUUCGAGACAGCGCAUCUGACAGCGCAUCUGACAGAGACAUGGAGGAGCUUCGAGACAUCGUCCUCAGAAAGGCGCUCUCCUCCCACUGUAUGUCCCGCCUCAACAUUCAGGGCGCGGGCCGCGACGACUCGCAGGAUACCCGGGUUCAUAUGCUUCACGACUUGAUUGACAUCACCGAUCAUUCGUACCCUAAACACCUACAUACUUCAGAUGACACGGACCUCAUUCUGUACCUACACAAGUUGAAGUCGGCGAAGCGAGAUGAGAGCGGGACAGUAAUCUGCAAGAUGGCUGUCUCGACCAUCGGAGGAGUGAAGAUCCUACAACACGAGGCUAAAAUCUACGAAGCCCCAAAUACGCAGCCGCUGCAUGGCAACAUCAUGCCGAAGUAUUUCGGACUGUUUCAAGGAACAGUGGAGGGUCAGACCGUGACAUGUAUGGUGCUGGAAUUUUGUGGAGAGGUGUUGUCGCGGCGUCUGCGUGAGCAAAAGGAAUCAUUCAGAAAAGCAGCAAUCAGAGCGUUCCAGGAAUUGCAUUCAGAGCGAAUCCACCUCGUCAAGGGGGAUAGAGAAGACUACAAGUAUCAAGACAUCAUUCGCAGGCCGGAUGGCACGCCUUGUCUUGUGGACUUCUCAAGGGCACGUCCGCAUAUUGGUAAAUGUCAUGACGCCGAAUUCGAGUUCGAGGAUUACAAGACUCCGACACAUUGGCCAACCUCAGAUUUGGUUUGUGGAGAACUUCUCGCCGUCGCCGACGAUGCGUGGGUUUUCGUAGGAGAUAUGCUCAAUAUCCCAGACGCAUCCGGCCCUAUAUACUACUACCAGGGCAUUUCACUAGAGGAGCACUGGGAACGGAACAAAGAGGGGUUCGUGAGGUACACGAAGGAGGAGGCACUCACGCUGUUAGAGUCGGUCAUUGAGAAGUAUGAGGAGAUGCUCAACAAGAGACGUAUGGCUUUAGACAAAGUGGAGGAGGGGGAAUCCAUUUAGCCACCGGCCGCUGUCGCACGCACAGCUCACAAAUGUAUGAAGCACGAUCUCACGCGAGUGCGGUAGUGCAUGAUAGCGUGAUCCGCAAGUACCACGGUCGCUUAGGGUUUGCCACACCUCCCGCUUAUCGUGCGCGAAGUCGGACUUGUGUGAGCGGACUCAUCCUCGAGCGUGGCGGACUCCUCUGGGAGUAAGGACUUCGUGGAGCUUUUGGACGAUUCUGAGCCGGAUCAGGUGUCAGCGAGGAGCAGGAGACGUUCGUACUGUAGUAGAAUGUGAGCGGGCGGGUAAUAGAGAAGAGUAGCCGGGACGUACCGACCACUCGUGUAUGAGCAAUCGAUACAGGGUAUAGCAAGCAUACAUGUAGGCCAACGUUACACUGCGACGGGUAUGAGUACAACAAUACAUUCCUUCAUUCAUCUCUUCUGAUCACGUCAU